CUUGGAACUCAAGUGUUGAAAUUGGGCUUUAGGUAAGCCCUCUUGGUGGAGAUGUCAGCAAUUUGAUAAGGUAAAGGAGCUUCAACAUAUGAACGAUCGUGAAUUGGGAAUGAUCUGCGACCAUCUCAAGCCGAAGGUGUUCGAGCAGAAUGCCAAGGUUGUUGAAGUGGGAGAGCCACUGAACGCGAUGCUCUAUAUUAUAGCAGGCUCUAUGCAGGCGGACCUGUCAAUUACCGAUGCUGGAGAAACAGCUCCAUCAACCUCAUUCGAUACUCUUGAGAAAGGUAUGUUUGUUGGAGAACAACUUCUGUAUUGGGCAAUGAAAACCAAAGCUUUUGAUGACCAACCUGCUUCGUUCAAAACUAUCCGGUGUACCACAAAAGUAGAAGCCUUUGCUCUCACAGUUGAUGACUUGAAAACUUUAGCGCUCUCCGGAGACAUCUUCCCGAUGAAGUCAAAAGCUGGCAUUCUCAAAAUUGUUGCUGACCCGAAGAUACGUGAGAAAGUGGAGGCAAUAUUUUUGUGGAUGGCAAUAAAUAACAUUUCUGAUGAUGUGGCGAUAGAUAUUAUGCAUGGUUUUAGUCAAAAUAAAUUGAAAGAAAACAUAGAUGCUGAAGUGGAUGUGAAUUAUGUCUUCUCUGUUCUUGAUGAAUGUGGGAGAAGCAUUAUGCGGCGCCAUUUCUGCAUGGAGACGCUGAAAAAAGUAAAGGAGCUUCAAUCUAUGAAUGAUCAAGCGUUGGGAACGAUUUGCGACUAUCUCAAGCCAAAGAUGUUCAAGGAGAAUGCCCAGGUCGUUGAAGCGGGACAACCACUUAACGCGAUGCUCUAUAUUAUAGCAGGCUCUAUGCAGGCUUACCUGCCAAUUAGGGCUGCUGGAGAGGCAUGUACCUCAACCUCAUUCGAAAUUCUUGAGAAAGGUAUGCUUGUGGUGGGAGAACAACUUCUGGAUUGGGCAGCGAAAACCAAAACUUUUUAUGACCAGCCUGUUUCGUUCAAAACUGUCCGAUGUGCCGAAAAAGUAGAAGCCUUUGCUCUCACAAUUAAUGACUUGAAAACUUUAGUGGUCUCCAAAGACAUCUUCCAGAGGAGUUCAAAAUCCGAAGUUUAGACAACUCUUAGCCGUUGAAACUUCAUGUAGUUGGCACUUCCUGCAACAAGAUUGAUGAGAUACUAAACAAUUUUUAAGAAAAAACUAACCAUGAAGGU